AGGAUGCAGUCUGGGCUCUGUGGGUGCUGGGCCUAGCUCUCUGUACCUUCUAGGCAACCAGAAUUGGGGUCUGGGUCAGCCACUGAGAGGGGCACUGAGCCUACAGCCAAUAUAGCCACCAACUUCACAUGAGAAGAUCUGGGCUCCACAGUUCUUGACUAGAGGCCUCUGAUUUGUGCCUUUGCAACAGGUCUAGGGUUGGACUCUGGACUAGAGAUAUGAAUGAAUGGGAAAACUUGAAGUUGACCUGAAACUGUGGACUAGAGGCCUUGGGGCCUGGCAGGGGAGGGGGAAUCGGGGAAGAAUUGCUGAACCUUCUGUGUCUGGGGCAGACCAGGCCCUGGCGCCUCUUCUCCUAGCACAUGGUGCACUGUCACCCUGACUGAAGAGUACUCUUAAACUCAUUCUAUCUGAGCCCCACAAAAGAUAACCUGGCCUAACCUGCCAUGUCACCAACACUUUGCUGAGAUUUGAGGGGUCCAAAUCAGCUGACUCCUCCACCCCCUGUUUAUUUUGCCACUGAACUGGAAGUUCUUCCUUUACAAGACCACUUGUCAUCCUUCCUCUCUGUACACUCACUUCCAGCAGACUAGUUCAGACCUAAGUCACCACUUCCCUGACUGCCACGGUCUCCAGCUCCCCACUUCCUACACAUGACACCAGACUGGAGGAGAAGGAGCCUCCUAGACUAGAUCCCUUCCUGUCAUUUCACUCUUAUAAGCCUUCAGCUACAUGAUCACCUACAUGAUCAAAGCUAGAUGCCUAGAUCCUCAAGAAACUUCUUGCUGUCUCACCUGACAACCUUCAGUGAUGUUUUUGAGCCUUUCUGCUUCCUUGGACCUUCCUUCUCUUCAGUUUUGCCCAUUUUCCUCCUGAGAAGCCAAGAGCCUAAUCAGGUAUCUGCACUAGUAGUAAAGAAAUCAAGUGCUGAGUACACAGAUGCACAAGACUUGUUGUGCCCUCAAUAUGCUGAAAUCCUUCCUGGAUCUUCCUUGUACCUGCUUCCUCCUUGACUUCCAUUUUCUCUCAUACCCCACAUGCAAUCCAUCAGAAAAUCCUGUCAUUCCUUUAAAAGCUAUCCAGAAUCUGACCACUUCUCUUUGCUUCCACCAAUAACACUUUGGAACAAGUCACCACCGUCUCUCACACCUCUUCCUGCUUCCUUCCACAUCUUUUCUGUUUCCACUCUUGUCCACCUUUAGCCUAUUCUCAACACAGUGUAAGUCUUCUUAACACAAAUCUUGUCAUAUCACUCCUCUGCUCAAAACCCUCCAUUGGCUCUCAACUAAGGGGAAAGACCCAAAUCCUUACAAUAGACUCCAAGAUCCUUGUGAUGUGGCUCCCAUCCUCCUCUCUAACCUUAUCCCUUGCCAUUCUUCUCUAUUCUUCUCCAUUCUUCACUUUGCUCCAGGUUCUUUGAAUCCACCAAUACAUUUCUGCCUCAGGACUUUUGCACUUGCCAAUUCUUUUGUCUAAAAUACUCUUCCUUCAGGUAGACACAUGACUUACCCUCUCUCUGAGCACCCCACCUACACGUCAGCCCUCACUGCUCUCUAUUCUCCUAUGCUGCCUCAUUUUCAUAGCACUAACUACUUCACAUAUUUCUAUUAGUCUACUUCCUUAUGCUCUCUCCUUUCUUACUCUAUGAGAACAAGGACUUGUUCUGUUCAUUGCUAUAUCCCUGGUGUCUAGAGGAGUGUCUGGCACAUAGUGCUCUCAAGUUACAUUUCUGUCAUUUCCCUGUGACCUCUGCUACUUCUCCCAACAAAUCAGAUAUUGAUUCCUUUUUCAAUAAAAUGUUGUUUAAAACCCUAGUGAAGGUCUAUUAAAUACUUGCCGAAUGAAUGGAUGGAUGGAUGAACAAAUUCUACGUCCCUUGCUUAUCUCCUAAAAUAGGUUCUAAGCACCUUAAGGGCAGGUGCCCCCAUUUUAUCAUUUUUGUGCCCCAAUGUGAACACUUAUGAACAUUGACAACAUAUGUACAGUGAUUGAAGCAAUUGUGUCACGCAGAAACCAAUUUAGCCAAGCAUGGUAGAAUAGGGAUUGGGAACACUGGAAUUCAAGGGAGCAGAGUUCCUAACCAGGAUGUCACUGAGUUGCUGUGUGGUCUGGGAGAAGCAGUCUGUAUAGGCCUCUGUUUUCCCAUCUGUAAAGGCAAGACUUGGACUAGAUUUUGAAAUCCCUUUCAGCAUUGACAUUCUAUGGUCAUAAGUUUAGGGUAACUGCACAUUCAUUUGACAAAUAUUUACUGAACUAGGUUCCAGGCACUAAUUGAAAACACAAGACCCCAAUCUCAAGAGCUCCCAGAUUGAAGGAGCAAAAUAAAAUAGGGUCAGAUUGGCUGCAAUAAGAGCUAUCUUAAAGAGGCAGAAGCAUGCCCUGGAGUCAAGGCUGGGGAGGGCAUCUAGGCCAAAGAAAUGGAUGUGCAAAGGCAGGCGGAAUGGAAACAAGGGAUAUUGGUAACUAGAAUAUGACUUAAUUUUACACAAAGAAUUGUUUGAGAUAAAUGGCUUUUGUAUGCUGAGAGUGUGUCCUGCAUCCAACAAAGCUAAAGUCUAUUUCAGCCAGGAAAACAGUCACAACUGGAAAACAGCCAGAUCAGGCAUGCCCACAAUCUAAACUGUUCAUUUAGAAAAUUACCCUGCAAGUCCUCUCACUGCUUCCUGUGAGAUCUGCCGUCUUCCCCAUCUACCCGUAGUGGCUCCCAGGCCCCCUCACACCGUUUCUACCUGCCCAGCUCAUGAUAGGCCCAAGACUGGCACAAAGAGAGACCAAUCAAUUGCUACCUGGUGGAAUUUGGGGGAAAGAGCAAGGUCUAACCGCAGGCCAGGCCGCGAACAGGGUCAGCCAAGGUUAUUGCCCCGGGCAUGACCUAACGUCCCCUGCUGGUUGAAGUUGUUACCAUGCUGGAUAGGAAAGGCGGAAAUUUGCUCCUCGCUCAUUGGUCGGCAGAGAAGAGCCUCCGAGGAACCCUUGUUACCAGAGGAGAGAACGAGAGCCCAUUGGUCAGGACACCUCAUAAAAGCCUCACAGCGCGCAGGAUUCUGCAGAUCGGUUCGUUCCCGCCUGGGGAACCCUCGGCCUGCUUCUCGUCGCCCUGGAACAGCACUGCUUCGCGGACCCCUCUUCCCAUAGGCUAUUCUGGGGCCUGCUGUCAUCUAAUCAGGAGCAAGGCGCAGAACACCAGACGGAGUGCUCCCUGAGGUGGGAUCUAGUCCCUCUGGAGGGCGGCCCGGAGAGACUGCCACUGCCCAAGCUGAGUGCAAAGGCCCCAGAGCUCAGCAUUUCUCGGAGGACAAUCAUUUCCCCCUCAGGACUUGGUCUGAACCACUGCCCUAGCCUCUCCUCAGAGCUCUGCAUCUCCAACCUGCAACCCAAACUGAAUCUACAUUCUAGGUCCACCCGCAGCGCCACCUGCCCAAAUCCUUCUCCCGCGGUGCCGGGAAAUCCCGUGCCCUAAAGAAUUCGGGCCGAGAUUCAAACAGAGGAGUGGUGGACGACGAGAGGGUGAAACCUCGGAGGAACGAUGUUCUACUAUCCCAACGUGCUUCAGCGCCACACCGGCUGCUUCGCCACCAUCUGGCUGGCAGCGACGCGCGGCAGCCGAUUGGUGAAGCGAGAAUACCUGAAAGUUAACGUGGUGAAGACCUGCGAGGAAAUCCUCAAUUACCUGCUGGUACGAGUGCAACCUCCCCAGCCCGGCUUGCCGAGGCCCCGCUUCUCCCUCUAUCUCUCAGCCCAGCUCCAGAUUGGCGUGAUCCGGGUCUACUCACAACAAUGCCAGUAUCUCGUAGAGGACAUUCAGCACAUCCUGGAGCGUCUGCACCGUGUUCAGCUGCAGAUCCGAAUAGAUAUGGUGGAGACUGAGAUACCGAGCCUGCUGCUUCCUAACCGCCUGGCCUUGAUGGAGACCUUGGAAGAUGCUCCAGACCCCUUUUUUGGGAUAAUGUCUGUGGAUCCUAGACUUCCUAGUCCCUUCGAUAUCCCUCAGAUUCGACACCUUUUGGAGGCUGUGACCCCAGAGAGAGUUCUUGAGGAGGCCCCUCCUGAAGUCCCUACAGAGCCUGGGAAACCAGUCAGGCCUCUGGUCACUGUGCUGUCUCCUGAGGCCAUCACCCUCCAGGAGGCGGAGCCUAUACGCAUGCUACGCAUCGAGGGUGAACGGGACCUCCCAGAGAUUAGCCGCCGAGACUUGGACCUGCUCAUUGCUGAGGAAGAUGAAGCAAUCUUGUUGGAGGAACGAGGCAGGCUCAUCUGGCAGUGUAGGGCCUGGCUGGUGCUAGACAGCCAGGCCGCGGACACGGGCAAUCUGGACCUGGGUAGUGCUCCCAUCUUUUCUCUUCUGUGCUCUGAGCCCUUAUCCUCUCUCUGCAGUGUUCAAAGAGGAGCCCCGAGUCCCGGAAAUGGAAAUUACAGUUCCCCCGCUCUCACCUAUAGCUCUUGCACGGUAAGGGCAGAAACCCCUGGGCCAGGUAGAGGGUCAGUACUGGGAGGAGUACCCUCAUCUCUCUUGCUCAUUUUCCCUCAGGGUGGAAGGGGCAGCAGAACCACUUCCAGGCCCAGUCCUAGCCCCUGGGAGCUGAAGCCAGCAGUCUGGGAGCCUGAGGCCCUGCUUGCUGAGGUGACGCCCCCAGAGGAGCUGCGUCUCCCGGCCCCACUCAGCCCAGAGAGGAGGCCCCCCGUUUCACCACCUGCUCGCCGCCGCCGCCGCCAGUUAUUGUUCUGGGACAAGGAGACUCAGAUCUCCCGGGAGCAGUUCCAGAAACAACUGUACACCAGAGCUCACUGCUGGGAGUGUCCAAUGGUGCAGCCUCCUGAGAGAACCAUCAGAAGCCCCACAGAGCUGUUCCGAACCCCAACUUACUCUGGCUGGCUAUCCCCAGAACUGCUGGCUUUCUGGACCCACUGUGCCCAGCCACCCCCAAGAGCACUCAGGCGAAUGCCACCCCUGGAGCCUGAGGAGGAGGAGGCUGCUGAGAGAGAGGCAGCAGCUGAAGAGGAAAGGAGAAAGGCUGAAACUCUGAGUGAUAUUGAGGUCCUGAGGGAGGCCCAAGAGCCCAGUGGGCCCCUCAUGCUGUCUUCAGAGCUCUCCAUAGAAACAGCUGAGGAGGAGAAAACCCGCAUCAGCCUCAUCCCCCCAGAANNGCGGUGGGCCUGGGCUGAGGCAGAGCAGCCAGAGCCCCCUGCAUUGCCUGUGGUGCCUGAACUCCCUGAGGUGCCCAUGGAAAUACCUUUGGAGCUGCCCCCAGAGCCUGAGCUACUCUCACUUGAAGCUGUGCACAGGGCAGUGGCACUGGAGCUACAGGCCAACAGGGAGCCUGAUUUCAACAGCCUGGUGUCACCUCUCAGUCCCCGCAGAGUGGCUGCCCGGGUCUUCUACCUGCUCCUGGUGCUCGCAACGCAGCAGAUCCUUCGCAUAGAACAAGAGAAGCCAUACGGGCGCCUCCUGAUUCAGCCAGGGCCACGAUUCCACAGCAGUUAGAAUCAAGUUAGAAAGCUGCCAAGAACCAGCUACAUUAAACCAUGUUCUGCCUCACUAGGCCCUGCCUGUCUCCUUUCUGAACAUGCAUUUCUAUCCUUCCUGAUCUCAGAGUUACUGUUCAAGCAGAAAAUGAACUGCCUUUUAUUAUA